AUGUCCGCUCAAGCGCGCUCCAGGCGCGCAGCUGACAUCGAGAAGGCUCCUCUCUACACCGACAACCCCUACGAUCAUGAAGAGGUCGACGACUCGGGCAAGAAGAAGGGCCAUGCGUUUGCGUACACCGUCAACGGACGUCCCGUCCUGAGCCUCGUCAUGCACCCCGUGUUACUCUCGCUUGCAACCCUCGUGCUGUUCGGCUACCUCAACUUCCCAUGGCCCGACAGCCCGCUCCCCGACCACGUCCAGGAGGGCAUCAAGCGCUGCGAGGCGAUCAAGGCUGGUCCUCCGAACCAUCAGCCGAACGCAGACCGCAAGACCUCUGACCGCUUCGUGAAGGGUACGCGUCCCGUGUGGCUCAAGAACGGCACGGUGUGGACGGGCGAGAAGCGCGGCGAGCAGGUGCUGCACGAGACGAGCGUCUGGCUCGAGGGCGGCGUCAUUCGUCGUGUCGGGAAGGAAGACGGCGAUUUCGCCGACCUCGUUGCUUCCUCAAAGGACAAGGCCGAGGAGGUCAACCUGCACGGCGCCUGGGUGACUCCGGGUAUCGUUGACCUGCACUCGCACUUGGCUGUCGACCCCUCGCCGAACCUGCGCGGUAGCGACUCGACCAACUCGUGGAAGCAGGCCGCGCAGCCGUGGCUCCGUUCGCUUGAUGGGUUCAACACGCACGACCAGGCGUUCAACCUCUCCAUCGCGGGCGGCAUUACGACCAUGCUCGUCCUCCCCGGCUCGGCUGGCAACAUUGGUGGCCAGGCCUUCACCUUCAAGCCGCGUUGGACCGAGGAGAACACGCCGCAGAGCAUGCAGGUCGAGCCGCCCUUCGUGAUCCGGAACGGAACGUGGGAGCGUACCGGCGCAUGGAGGCACAUCAAGCACGCAUGCGGUGAGAACCCGCUCCGCGUCUACGGCAACACGCGCAUGGACUCUGCCUGGGACUUCCGCAAGACAUACGACGCCGGCCGCAAGCUCAAGGAGAAGCAGGACGCUUGGUGCGCCGCGCCCAAGGAACAGAAGGAGGCGUUCCCCGACGAUCUCCAGUUUGAGGCCGUCGCCGACAUUAUCCGCGGAAACGUCAAGGUCAACAUUCACUGCUACGAGACUGUCGAUCUCAACGACAUGGUCCGUAUCUCGAACGAGUUCCAGUUCCCCAUCUCGUCAUUCCACCACGCCCACGAGGCGUAUCUCGUCCCCGAUCUCCUCAAGCAGACCUGGGGUGGAACCCCCGGUGUCGCCAUCUUUGCUAACAACGCGUACCGCGGUACCCCCUACGCUGCCAAGAUCCUGGCCGAUGCUGGCCUCUCGGUCGUGCACAAGUCUGACCACCCUGUCCUCGACUCGCGCUACCUGAUCUACGAAGCUGCUCAGUCGCACGCCUUUGGUCUCAACUUUUCCGAGGCGCUGUCCUCUGUCACCACUCACAGCGCCAAGAUCGCCGGUCUCGACCACAGGAUGGGCUACAUCCGUCCCGGAUACGACGCCGAUGUUGUCGUCUGGGACUCUUUCCCCCUCGCGAUUGGCGCGACGCCCAAGCAGACGUACAUUGAUGGUAUUCCUCAGAUUAUCCACCCGCACGUCCAAGAGAAGCCCAAGGACGCCCAGAAGAUUUCUCCUGCCGGAGACUACGACAAGGAGGCGGCUGAGGCUGUCGCGGCCCGCGGUGACCCCGACCUCCGCCCAAAGCACAAGAGCAAGCGCGUUCUCUUCGAGAAUGUCGAGGGCUUCUACCUCGACGGUUUCGACGUGCAGGGCGUGCCUGGCCGUGUCGUUGUUGACGGCGGCGAGAUCACCUGCGUUGGCAAGGACUGUGCUGUGACUUCCGGCGAGCACGAGACGGUCGACCUGAAGGGCGGCUCGCUUCUUCCCGGUCUUAUCUCGACUGGUUCUGCCCUCGGCCUCGUCGAGAUUGCGCAAGAGGAGUCGACGUGGGACGGCGUCGCCUACGACCCCGUGCACGAGAAGGGCCUGCUUGAGGGCAUCCUCGUGCGUGGUGCCGACGGCGCGCGUUUCGGCGGCAAGGACCUGCUCAUGGCGUACAGGGAGGGUGUGACGACUGGCGUCACCUGGCCCGUGUCGGGCGGCCUUGUCGCUGGCCUCGCCUACUCCUUCUCGACCUCGGCUGAGCACCCGCUCGCCAAGGGCGCCAUCGGCCACCCUGGCCCGGCGCUCGUGCUGACGCUUUCGGGAUGGACGACGGACAUGACCGAGAGCGUGAGCACGCGCAUCGCGCUGCUGCGCAAGAUGCUCGCGGGCGAGGGCGUCAAGGGCGAGCUCGCCGAGGCAUUCAAGCGUGCCGCUUCUGGCGAGCUGCGUCUCGUCGUCCAAGUCUCGUCCGCGGACCAGAUCGCAGCCCUGAUCCGUCUGAAGCAGAACGACGCCAAGAAGCUCAAGCUGACGAUUUUCGCGGGCGAGGAGGCGUGGAUGCUCGCCGACGAGCUGGCCAAGGAGGACAUUGGCGUCAUUGUCGCCAACCCCCGCCCCUUCCCUGCGUUCUGGGACUCGAGACGCAUCCUCCCCGGCCCCCCGCUCAGCAACCACACGCUGCCCUCGUACCUCGCCUCUCGCGGCGUCACGGUCGGCCUCGGCAUCCACGAGGAGUGCGACGCACGCCUCGCCCGCUUCGAGGCCGCAUGGGCGUACACGGCUGCCCCGCACGUGUUCUCCAAGAAGCAGGCCGUGGACCUUGUCUCGGGUAAUCUCGAGAAACUCCUGGGCCUCGAUCUCAAGAGCAAGGCGGACACGGGCUUUGUCGCUUAUGAGGGCGACUUCUUCUCCUUCCAGGGACGCGUGCGCGCCUCUCGCGCUCCCGGGCAGGAGGACAUGCACCUGUUCCUGUAG